AUGGCGUCCUUCGUUUCGCGCGCUGCUUCAGCGCUGUUACUCAGUGUACCUCUGGUCUCUGCAGCCUAUUCUAUUGCUUCUGAUGAUGAUAUCAAGGCAACAACAAGGACACUAGCAGCCGAUCUCAUGACAUACUACAAGGGCAAUCAGUCUGGCCAAACGCCUGGUAUCUUACCUGGACCUCCGCCAGCAGGCGAUUAUUACUGGUGGGAAGGUGGUGCAUUAUGGGGCACCAUGAUCGAUUAUUGGCAUCUCACUGGCGAUAGCACCUACAACGAUGUCGUUACGCAAGCGCUUCUGUGGCAGGUUGGCCCGAAUCAGGACUACAUGCCUCCCAAUGUCACCGCAUCCCUCGGAAAUGACGAUCAAGGCUUCUGGGGAAUGACGGCCAUGCUUGCUGCCGAAGAGAACUUUCCAGACCCUCCAAAGGAUCAACCUCAAUGGCUGGCCUUGGCGCAGGCUGUCUUCAACACCCAGGCCGACCCGGGACGGCACGACGAUACUUGCGGUGGAGGAUUGCGGUGGCAGAUUCCCUUUUCGAAUAACGGAUACAACUACAAGAACAGUAUCGCCAACGGCUGUUUCUUCAAUCUGGGGGCUCGCCUCGCUCGUUAUACCAACAACGAAACCUACGCCAAUUGGGCCGAGACAACUUGGAACUGGGUGCGCAGUGUCGGAUUCAUGGAUGACGAGUACAACAUUUACGAUGGUGCUCACAUUGAAACAAACUGCACCGACAUCAACAAGGCGCAAUUCUCAUACAACAACGGUGUUUACCUCCUAGGCGCCGCAUACAUGUACAACUACACCAAUGGAAACGAGACAUGGAAGGAAAGACUCGACGGCCUCAUUGAUGGAACGUUCCGCGUCUUUUUCCCGAAUGACAUUGCCUUUGAAGUUGCAUGCGAAGAGCACAUGACUUGCACAACCGAUAUGCUGAGUUUCAAGGGUUACGUCCACCGAUGGAUGUCAACAAUUACGCAGAUCGCGCCGUACACUGCCGACAAGAUCUUACCAGUCCUCAAGACAUCAGCAACCGCAGGCAUUCAGCAGUGCACUGGUGGUGAUAAUGGAAGGACCUGCGGCUUUGGAUGGGCCAGCGGCACCUUUGAUGGAAGCGUUGGCGCCGGCCAGACCAUGAACGUCCUGGGCGCAAUCUCUUCACUCCUCAUCGGCGAAUCAAAGGUACCAGUUACCAACACAACCGGAGGAACCAGUGGAGGUAACUACAAUGCUGGACAGGACAGCGAUUCCUUCACCAAUAGCCUCACGCCAAUUACUCAAGGAGACCGCGCUGGCGCCGGUAUCUUGACGGUACUUAUUCUAGCAUCAGCUGCUGGCACGUUUGGCUGGAUGAGUCUGGGCAUGUAA